AUCCCCAUGUACUUCUUCCUGACCCAAUUAUCUUGCAUGGAUUUUUGCCUUUCCUCUGCUAUCAUCCCAAAAGCUCUGGAGACCUUCCUGCUGGGGAGAAGCCACAUCUCCUUUUGGGGUUGCUUUGCCCAGAUGUAUACUUUCAUGGCUCUCGUUGUCUCUGAGAGCUUCCUGCUUGGGGUAAUGGCUUACGACCGAUACACGGCUGUGUGCAAGCCCCUGCUCUACACCACUGCCAUGACCAGGGCGCAUUGCUAUGGCAUGAUGGUACUGGUGUACACCAUCGAGUUCCUCACCUCCCUGGCAAAGCUGGUGUCGGUGUGUUACUCCAUCCUCACCCCAGCUCUCAACCCCCUCAUCUACAGCCUGAGGAACAAGGAGGUGAAGGGGGCUCUG